UUUGUAAUUGUUAUUGUAUGUAACGUAACCAACACUUUCUUUUCUUCUGUACCUGUACAGUUGCUGUUAGUGCUAGGAACAGCGUGAAUUUUCACAUGUCUCUGCUUUAAAUAGCAAGGUUGUUAACUAAAGUGCCUUGAAGUGUGUGUCUUCUUCUCUCUCUUUUUUGCAACUUUUUCUUCUGGGUAGCAUAAAAAAACAUUGGUUUCCGAUGGUGUUGUCUCUGUUCACUGUUCCCAGCUGCAAAGUUGUAAUCUUUUAGCUGAUUUAGUGUUUCGGAUGGGAACAACUCAGAUGGGGUUCUUGUAACUGAUUUUUCUUGGCAAGUUGACAGAUAACUUGAGAUGAGUAACCAAAAGGAUCGUUAUGAUGAAGAUAUGGGUUCCUCAGAUGUCACCGCCGGUAAAGUGGUGGUGGUUGCAGUUAAAGCUUCCAAAGAUAUUUCAAGGACUGCUUUGGUGUGGGCUUUGACUCAUGUUGUUCAACCAGGGGAUUGCAUUAAGCUGUUGGUUGUUAAUCCGGUUCUGUUCUCAAGUAUUGGCAAGAGGGUAUGGGGCCUUUCAAGAUUUACUACUGAUUGUGCCACUAGUCAAUGGAGAUCUCGUUUAGGAACUGCUUCAGAUCAGAGAGAAGUUAUUACAAAUUCCUGUUCUCAAUUAGUGCUUCAACUCCAUGAUUUUUAUGAUCCAGAGAAGAUUAAAAUCAGAGUAAAGAUUCUUUCUGGUUCUUUGUAUGGAGCGGUGGCUGCUGAAGCCAUGAGAGUCGAGUCAAGCUGGGUUAUAUUGGACAAAAAAUUGAAACAUGAAAAGAAAUACUGCAUGGAGCAGCUGCAUUGCAAUAUUGUAAUCAUGAAGCGAUCUCGGCCAAAGAUUCUACGCUUGAAUUUGAAUAGUUCACCAAAGAUAGAACUCAACGGGGGUUGUCCAUUGCCACUGGAGCCAAAUUCAUAUACAUCAAACUUAAAAGACAAAUCUGAACAUCUAGAUAUUAUUAGAGGUCCAACUGUUACUCCUGCUAGUAGUCCAGAGCAAGGGUCACCACCAUUGACUGCAACUGAUAUUGGAACAUCAUCGAUAUCAAGCUCAGAUCGCGGAACUUCACCAUAUUUCCACUCUGAUAAUUAUGAAAGACGAAGGAAAGGUUUUCCCUUUGUUCAUGAGGGACUGACAAACCUGGAGGAUAUUGAAUCUGACUCAGAGAGCGAAAAGCUAAGUUUAUCAUCCAAAAGUUCAUAUUUUCAGCCAUGGAUUGAAAAUUUAAUUUGUAUAGAUGGUGAGUUCUCAAAACAUGAGGAUCAUAUGCUAAGAUCAAAUGAUCAGGCUUUGGUUUCUACUUAUGAAGCUUUGCUUCAGAAAUUCUCAAAGCUGGAUCAAGAUCCUGUCUUAGGAGUGCUUAAUUGUAAAAUUGAUGUGAACUUAAGCAGAAGUGUUAGAGAAGCAAUUUCACUAGCUGAAAGUGCACCUCCUGGACCUCCCCCAUUGUGCUCUAUUUGUCAGCACAAGGCACCAGUGUUUGGGAAUCCUCCGAGAUGGUUUACAUUUGCUGAAUUGCAACUUGCCACUGCUGGUUUUUCACAAGCAAACUUCUUAGCUGAAGGUGGUUUUGGUUCUGUACACCGUGGCGUCCUACCUGAUGGGCAGGUCAUCGCUGUCAAGCAGCAUAAAUUAGCCAGUACUCAAGGAGAUAAAGAAUUUUGCUCAGAAGUAGAGGUCUUAAGCUGCGCACAACAUCGUAAUGUUGUGAUGCUAAUUGGGUUUUGUGUGGAGGAUGGAAGAAGAUUGCUUGUUUAUGAAUACAUCUGCAAUGGUUCUCUGGAUUCUCAUCUCUACGGACGAAAGCAAAGUGUACUGGAAUGGCAUGCACGCCAAAAAAUUGCUGUUGGAGCAGCUCGUGGUUUGAGAUACCUUCAUGAAGAAUGUAGAGUGGGUUGCAUCGUGCACCGUGAUAUGCGACCUAACAAUAUCCUCCUCACUCAUGAUUUUGAAGCAUUAGUGGGAGAUUUUGGACUUGCUAGGUGGCAGCCAGAUGGUGAUAUGGGUGUAGAAACCAGGGUGAUAGGAACAUUUGGGUAUUUGGCGCCAGAAUAUGCUCAAAGUGGUCAAAUUACUGAAAAGGCUGAUGUGUACUCAUUUGGGAUAGUAUUACUGGAGCUUGUUACUGGAAGGAAAGCUGUGGAUAUAAACAGGCCCAAGGGCCAGCAAUGUCUCAGUGAAUGGGCACGCCCUUUGCUCGAAGAACAUGCCUUUCAUAAACUAGUAGAUCCGAGCAUAAGGAACUCUUAUGUUGAUCAAGAGGUUUAUGGCAUGCUGCAAUGUUCCUCUUUGUGCAUCCGAAGGGAUCCUCAUUUAAGGCCUCGAAUGUCUCAGGUGCUCAGGAUGCUGGAAGGUGACAUUCUCAUGUGAUUGCUUAAUAAUGACUUGUGAGUAAUGGCAGAGGACAAGUUGGAGGUUCUUCUCCAGGUUCUUUACUUUUUUAUCCGUGGAGAGAGGCACAAGUUCAAAGCCUCUUGCACAUUCUUCUGAAUUUUCUUUUGUAAACAGCUUGAAGUUUACUCGUACAUGUUGGUUAUGAGUGCUGUAAAUUCGA